AUGGGCGAUGUUCAGCUGGUUUCUAACUUCAGUGCAUUUCAGCGGGUUGAUGUCAUCGUGGUAAUUACGUUGUUCAAAGAAGCAAAAGCCGGUAGCACUGAUGUUAAAACCACAACUUCUGCAUUCAAUUUGGAGAGAGAGAAUCCUUUCCUGUCAAAAUCUAUUCAACUGAAUUCAUCGCCUUCUGUGAGCUUGUCCCUUUUUCCAUCAUUAAGUGGUCCGGUUGUUUCAAGUGGUUCUGCAUCUCCAGCAUCUGAAGUUAUAGCCCCUAGAUCUUGGCUGCAAGAUGCUACAAGACAAAAAGAGAUCAUCAAUGGUAUUUCUGGAGGAUCAGUGAAUGAGAACAAGCAUAAUUUACCUUGGACUUCAUCAGAUAAGCCAAUUGAGAUGGUAUCUUUUGAUCCAAUUUUACCUUCUACCAAACAAGGAGCAGAUAACUGUAUCAUGCAACAGCUACCUGCAUUUUUCCAAAACCUAAAAGAUCUUGAAGAAGGUCGGCAGUCCUGGUUAAUGCACAAAAAGGAGGCUAGUUGGAGACUCAAUCGACUCAAACAACAGCUUGAAUGA